UCCCAAUUUGCGCGGCUUUGACCUGUGCGCGUGCGCAUCGCACCGGCAGGCAUCAUAGAGCGCUGCAAGUGGUUCCUAGCACCGCUGCUUCGACCGCGCAGAAGACGCGAGCUCCAGCGAGCGCGCAGGCGGCGCGCAAGCUGCGAUUGUUUAAACCCAGCGAAAUCGCCACGCGCGCGGUAGAUGAUGCGCGGCCCGCGGCAAGACGACGAUUCUGUUAUAGAGAACCCGCUGAAAUUAGGACUCAUCCAAGCGAACCCGCUCGCGAUAGGAUUACUCCACGCGAGCAGAAACACGCGAAAACUCAAAAUCACCGCGGCGGCGGAAUGUGAUAGAGCAUUACUAGAAAGGAGCUGCGAGCCCGAGGAACUGAAGGGCGUCAAGUGGUACGAGAGCUACAACGCGAUUUUAAGGGACCCCGACGCGACCACCCGAGUGGACUCCGUUUUUAUCGGAGGCACCACAAGCACGAGGAGCCAGUGGGCCGUGGCCGCGGCCCAGCACCACAAGCAUGUUUUAAUUGGCUGUCCCGCGGCGGCGGACUACGAGUCGACGGUCGUCAUGCGCGACGCUUGCGUCGCGGAAGACGUCGCGCUGCAGGACGUCGUGCCCUUCUCGCACCACACGCGCACGGAGGAGAUCCUGUCGACGAUCGCGGAGUCCCGGUUCUUCGGCGAGGUGCGGCGGGUCGACGUGGCCUUCACGAUCUCCGCUAGUAGGGACUUUCUAGAGGGGGCCGGGAAAGAAUCAACGGCCAAGGACGACCCGCUCGGGUGCUUGGGCGACCUCGGCUGGGCCUGCGCGCGCAUGGGGAAGCUCGCGUACGGCGUGCUGAACCCCGUGUCGGCGCAAGUGAUCCACAGCGAGGCGACGGCGGAGAACGUGCCGGUAGAUGUUACAGCGGUAGUCUACUUCGGCGAGAACUCCACGAAGCCCUGCCACAUGCACUGUAGCUACGUCCAUCCUUUGCAGCAGUCGUUCAAAGUCAUUGGCGACAAUAAAAUUCUCAGAUGCGACGACUUCGCGUACCCGCGCUUCGGCCGGGACUGCUCCUAUACGAUCGAAAGCUUCCCGGCGGGCGACGAAGGGCGGUCCGCCUUGGUGGACCUGGGGCAGUGCGUCGUGAGCGCCCUAAAUACAAGCAGGUGCUUCAAUGCCCAGAAUCAGCGCGUCUCGAUGUUAGAUCAAUUUGCCGACCUAUGUCUACUGGAAGAUGAAAAUGACUGGCGGCGCCAGGGCUUCGAGGGCAAGCACCAAGCUCGCGAGCUGUUCUCCUCUCAAAUUAUUGGGACGCAGGCCGUCGUGCAAGCCUUGGUCGAAAGUUUGCGGAACCCGGGCAAGGCCAUCGCCGUGCCCGAGGACAACAUGCCGCCGCCGCCGCCGCGCGACUCGCGCAUGCGCUUCGACUAGCGAGCCCUCUCCCUCUAAGAACACACA